AUGUACAACCGAAGAAGUAUGAAUCUUAGUGACAGUGAAACAGAGAACUCAGAGGGUUAUGUCAACAAAGAUUGCGACAGAGGCGCUGCGGAAAGGUCUACGGAGAGCGAGCGAAGAGACGGUUUGCCCCGAACCAUCAGAAGAAAAAACUCCAAGGUCUUGACUCCCGAAGUUCUUGAUCUUUGCGCGAAGGAAAUUCAACAGGAAAGUUUGUUCAAAAAGAGAUAUGAACAGGCAGCCUUGUAUGUGUAUGGAACAAACCCAGGUCAGCACUGUGGCUUGGAGAGUGCAGUUUUUUCAAGUCAGCCGGAUGGAAACGUUUUUAAAAUGCCUUAUCUCACGGAUCCUUGCUUCAGUAGCUUCGGAUAUCUCAGAUAG